UCUAAUGUGUUUUCCAAACACAGCUAACAAGGAUUCAAGGAAGGUGGUUAUUCAAACUCAACUGCGAUAACUAAUCAUCAAUCAAGUUUCAGAGCAUGGGUCUAGCUCAAAGCGCCGAAGCUGCGGCACACGUCACCCAAACCCAAACCCAAACCCAAACCUCAACCCAGACCUCAACCUCGAACAAUUCUAAUUCCACUUCCCUCGAUUCCGUUCUUGCAGAAGCUGCGGCAUAUGGAAACAACGAUGACACUGAAGAGUCUAUUGAGGCGAAGGCUCAGAGAGCUCUAGAAUGUCCUUGCAUUGCUGACUUGCGAACUGGUCCCUGCGGCUUCCAGUUCUCGGAGGCGUUUCUCUGUUUUCUAAAGAGCACUGCUGAAGAAAAGGGAUCAGACUGCGUAAGUCCAUUUGUCGCCCUGCAGAGCUGCAUCAAGGCCAACCCAAAUGCAUUUUCUAAAGAUGUUCUAGGUGAAGAUGAAAGUGAGAAGCCUGAAUCAACGCAGGAAUAUAAGAUACUUCCUCCACAAUGGUCUAGGGAGCCACAAAGUCCAAAAUCCAGGCUUUAAGAGAAGAGUUUGAUUCUCUCCAUUGCGGUUCAGAUAGAAGUACACGCAAAGUUCAUUUUAAAUUUACCUUUAUCCUAAUAGUCAAAAGGUAGAUAGACAAUCUUCUUAUAAUUCUUCAUGUUGUGCACUUCUAUUUUCUGAUUAAAAUAUAUAAUUGCUUUUCUGUACCACAUCUGCAAUAACUUAGUGGUUAAACUUUUCUUAAUAAAAAAUUGGCAUCCUUUA